UAGUGAUCGCAAAAGACAGCUGAAAAAGUGACAAAAAUGGAAAGAAAUUAGUGUUUUGUGAUCCCACACGAUACUUGAUAUCUAAAAUUAGUAAGAAUAAUAAUUAUCAAUUUAUAAAAUUAAUGCACAAUGGCUGGUGGUAAAACUGCUCAAGGUGGAUUUCAACCGGACUCAGAUGUUCAUAUUACCUUUGAGGAUCAACAAAAAAUUAAUAAAUUUGCAAAACAAAAUGCAAAAAUGGAAGACUUUAAAGAGGAACUAAAAGUUAAACAGAGUGAUCUUCAAAAUUUAGAAGAUGCUUGUGACGAAAUUGCCCUUCUAGAUGAUGAUGUUAAAAUUCCAUUUCAAUUUGGAGAAGUUUUCAUAGCUCAAGGACUUGAAAAAACUCAGAGCUCUUUAGAGCAAGCUAAAAAGAAAAAGCAAGCUGAGAUAUCGACUUUGGAAACAAAAUGUGCCAGUCUAAAAGAAGAAAUGACUGAAUUAAAAGCACAAUUAUAUGCCAAAUUUGGAAGUCACAUUAAUUUAGAGGCAGAGGAAGACUAAGGAUUGCAUAUAUCAUUUACAGUAAAUAAAAAACAGAGCACAUAAUAACCUUUUAUACAGUAUAUUUAAUUGAAACAAAAUCUUCAUUACUUUACAAUUAAAAACAAAUUAUUUACAAUAAAUGUAUACUUUUCUCAUAAUACUCACCAAAAAAGGAUUAAAUUGGAAAAUUCAA